AUGUUAGCGCAGGCAGCCUUGGCAAAUCCAGAAGAUGAUGGAGAAUGGGAGGUUCAUUGGGUUACCAAGAAUCCGAAUCCCUUCCGGCAUGCGAAAAGGAAGGCUGUUUGUCAAGUAGACGGUUGGUUGUUAUGUCCUUCAUCGGUUGGCGGCGGAUGCUGUCCGCCCAAUUUUGAAUGUGGUACGGCAUCAUGUUACGCUACAACAUCUGGCCCAACCUCUUGUAACGGGCAAACUGGGUACUACAACUGCCCAUUAACCCUCGGUGCUGGAUCAUGUUGUCCGGUUGGUUUGAUUUGCAACGAUAACGAUGGCUGCUCGCCCCCGCCCGGUGUCUCCGAGCCUCCAUCUUGCCCAGCAAAUUGGAUAGCUUGCGCGGUUUCUCUUGGUGCUGGUUGCUGUCGGAGUGGUCAGGUGUGUGGUUCGGGCGUUUGUUAUGAUGGGACCCCGCAAACUUUCCCAAUAUCCGAGACCAAGACGACGACAGACUCGCGAGGCCAUACGACGAUUACUGUCGUUACGAGUAUGACUGUUAAAAUAGACGGGCCACCUACGUCCUCGGGUUCCCCGUCCGCAGCUGUCAUUCCACAACUCGUUCCGAGCACGAUCGCGAAGCUCGACGCUCUUCCGACAAGUGACAGCGGAGGUGGAGGAGGUGGAGGGCUCUCUUCAGGGGCCCUUGGCGGCAUCGUCACUGGCGUUAUUGUUUUGUUGAUCGCUAUCGUCGUAGCAGCUGUCUUCAUCAUAUUACGGCUGAAGAAGGCCGAGAAGGCCGCCAAAGAAGCCGAAAAGGCUGCUGAAUCCCGACGCGAAUCCUCAAAUAGCCAACCUCGUUCUCACAAGUCUGGCUUCGGGCAGCCUACAAUUUCCGAAAUUGACUCUACUGCAGAUCUAGACUCCCCCCAUCGGAACCGAUUUAUGCCGCGAUCAUCACGGUCUCGGUCGAACACAGCUAGUUCACAGGCUGUCACGUACAAUUUUAUUCAUUCGGAUACUUCAUCGCCUCCAUUGUGGAACAAGUUUUUUCACUACUCGUCAUCGGAAAUGUCGGAUGAUAACGCCGCUACGCGCAAUUCGCAGCGAGUAAGCGUAGACUCCCAGGGAACAUACGGGCAUGGUAGAAAGCGUAGCGACUUGAGCGAGCUGGAAGGAACUCCCGGCAAAGCAGAGCUUGACGCAUCCGAGAGUGCCGAGGCGGUAUCGCAACGACAGUCGAGCGGCGCCGCACAACCUGGCAAGACUCAUGUAAGGAGAAAUAGCGACGUAUCCGGGCAGAAUCGUGCCCGCGGCGACAGCAACGCUAGGGCGCUAGGAACAGUGCGUGAAUUCGUCGAGUUGCAUGGGCAUUAUGGACCAGCCAAUACACUAGCUGGACAAACGGCUGCGAGUAUAAGUCGCGGUCCUUCAACCGCCGAUUCGUCCCCGACUCAUCAGAACCCUCCUUAA